GUCAUGUAGAUAUACUAUUGUGACGUCAUGCAUUGCUUCGCGACUGUAUAACUUUGGUGUCUCCGUAGUGUGUAGAAUAAGAAAUUUAUUCAAAAUGGCAUUAACUAUUGAGGAUAUCAGGGCAAAGCAGAGGAAAAUUAGCAUUAGCGGAAUAGCUCCUCCGGAAUGUGUGAACAACAUUAAGAACAAUUUCAACAAACAUCUCCACUUCACCCUGGUGAAGGAUCGGCAGAACGCCACAGCGCGGGAUUAUUUCUUCGCCCUGGCCCACACAGUGAAGGAUCAGGUAUGUGGGCGGUGGAUCCGAACCUAUCAACACCACCACAGGAUGGACUCCAAGAAUAUAUACUACCUGUCCCUGGAGUUUUACAUGGGGAGGGCCCUGACCAAUACUAUGGUCAAUAUAGGGAUUUCUAAGGAAUGUGAUGAAGCUAUGUAUCAGCUGGGGUUAGAUAUUGAGGAACUAGAAAGCAUGGAGGAGGAUGCUGGUUUGGGUAAUGGCGGAUUGGGACGACUGGCAGCAUGUUUUCUGGAUUCCAUGGCCACGCUGGGAAUGCCAGCAUAUGGUUACGGGAUUAGAUAUGACUACGGCAUCUUUGAACAGAAAAUCGAACACGGCUGGCAGUUUGAGGAACCCGAUGAAUGGCUACGUUUUGGGAAUCCGUGGGAACAAGCCCGCCCGGAGUAUGUUCUCCCUGUCAAUUUUUACGGAAGAAUUGGACAAGAUGAAAACGGUAAAAAAUGGGUGGGUUGCCAAACUGUCUACGCUUUACCAUACGAUACUCCGAUACCCGGAUAUGGUAACAACACCGUCAACAUCAUGAGGUUGUGGUCGGCAAAAGCUCCAAAAAGCUUCAACCUACAAGUCUUCAACGACGGUUCUUAUCUCCAAGCUGUGUAUGACAGAUACUUAGCGGAGAAUAUAACACGUGUUUUGUAUCCCAAUGAUUCUAUAUUCGAAGGUCGUGAACUGAGACUAAAGCAGGAGUACUUUUUGGUUUCUGCAUCUCUUCAGGACAUCAUUAGAAGAUACAAGGGCGGGAAAAAUUUUGAUUACGAGAGGGUGUCCUUCGUCGCUUUCCCCGAGAAGACAGCCAUUCAGCUGAAUGAUACCCACCCGGCACUUGCUGUUCCAGAGUUGAUGAGGAUUCUGCUGGAUGACGAGGGACUUACUUGGGAGGAGGCGUGGCAGAUUGUCGUCGACACGUGUGCGUACACAAACCACACCCUUCUUCCUGAAGCUUUAGAAAGAUGGCCAGUUUCACUUAUGCAGCAACUUCUACCUAGACAUCUACAAAUCAUAUAUCUGAUCAAUCAUUUGUUCUUGGAAAAGGUUGAAGAAAAAUGGCCGGGAGAUGUGGAUCGGAAGAGGAGGAUGUCAUUAGUUGAAGAGGGUGGUGGCAAAUCUAUCAACAUGGCGCAUUUGUGCAUUGUUGGGUCUCAUGUUGUCAACGGUGUCGCUAAAAUACAUUCAGAACUACUGAAAACCAGCAUAUUCAAAGAUUUCUACGAGAUGUAUCCGGAAAGGUUCCAAAACAAGACAAAUGGGAUAACUCCUCGCCGUUGGUUGUUGAUGUGUAACCCUACACUAGCCUCGCUCAUCAGUCAGAGAAUUGGUGAAGAAUGGAUCACUAACUUGGAUUUACUGAGAAACCUAGAACCACUGGCAUCAGAGAAGGCCUUUCUGAGAAGACUGAUACAAGUCAAACAGGAAAAUAAACAGAAAUUUGCUUGUUAUCUUGAAAAUGAAUUCAACAUUUCCAUCAAUCCUUCUUCUAUGUUUGAUGUUCAGGUGAAGCGAAUCCACGAAUACAAACGACAACUCCUUAACUGUCUCCACAUCAUCACGAUGUACAAUCAGAUCAAGAAACACAAUCCAAACGACUUCGUUCCGCGGACCGUGAUGAUUGGCGGUAAAGCCGCCCCUGGAUACUACAUGGCCAAACUGACCAUAAAACUCAUAAACAAUAUCGCAGACGUGGUCAAUCACGACCCUGAUGUGGGAGAUAAACUGAAAGUCGUCUUCCUGGAGAAUUACCGCGUUAGUCUCGCCGAGAAGAUUGUUCCAGCCACCGAUCUUAGUGAGCAAAUCUCGUUAGCGGGAACUGAAGCUUCUGGGACAGGCAAUAUGAAGUUCAUGUUGAAUGGUGCUAUCACCAUUGGAACAUUGGACGGUGCUAACGUGGAGAUGCGGGAAGAAGUCGGUGAGGAGAACUUUUUUCUGUUUGGUAUGACUGUUGAGGAGGUGGAGAAUCUCAGAAAGGAAGGCUACUACCCGCGGAAAUACUACGAGGAAAACGCCGACCUCAGAGAAGCCAUUGAUCAGAUCAACAGCGACUUCUUUUCUCCGGAGGAACCCGGUCUCUUCAGGGAUAUCUUCAAUAACCUGAUGUUCAGUGAUCACUACUGUCUGUUGAAGGACUACAGUUCAUACAUCGAGUGCCAGCACAGAGUUAGCGAGCUGUACCGAAAUCCCUUAGAGUGGGCAAGCAUGUGUCUACGUAACAUUGCAGCUUCCGGUAAAUUCUCAAGUGACCGCACUAUAAUGGAAUAUGCAACAGAAAUCUGGGGAGUGGAUCCAUCAGGGAUUAAGCUACUCGCACCCCACGAGGAGUCAAACAACAUCGAGGAUUGAACUCCGCCUACGGAAUAGACACUAAAUCCAUCCUUAUCCACGAUUUUAAAAAUAAAACCAAGCAUUCUGCAUUCUUCAAGUGAAUUUGUCUAUUGUAUUCAAAUAAGAACAUAAAAUACAUAAAGCAGUUUCAACAUAUAAUACAGCACAAUUAAAACUAUUUAGUUGUAUACACUUUCAUGAGGUUCAUUUACUACAUAGUUAGAGAAAUUCAAUAUCAAGUCUAAUAAAAAGAGUUUAUUUACAUUCAUAAUUUUGUUAAGAAUUGCUCAAGAAAUAUAAAUCGCGUGCAGUAAUCUGCAGAAAGUAAAAUACACCGGAUGGCUGUCGUUCAAUGAGUCUUUAACACCAUAGGUCCAACUGUUCUACAUAAAACACAGUUAACUCGCACAAGAACAUGUAAAUCAUACAGUUAACAUUACUUUUGACAUCAUUUCACAUAUUUUCCUACUUACAAA